AUGGCCAACAACACGGCGGACCACCCUCCGGGGAACUCGGUGGCAGAGGGAAACCACGAUGGGGACUUUGGCAUGACCGUGGAGGACCUCAGGGACCUCAUGGAGCUGCGGAGCGGCGAGGCCGUCGCCAAGAUCCGGGAAGAAUACGGAGACGUGCAGGGCAUCUGCCGCCGUCUGAAAACGUCCCCGAUAGAAGCAUAUCGCGGCACAAAGGCCAAAAACAUUUCAAAGCUGAACGCUACUUCACAUCCAGGUAGGAAUGUUGAGACCUCUGGGCCAGAACUGGCUGGGGGAGGAGGAGACUGA